AUGAACUUCUUUAAAAAACAGUUUAAUGGUAAUGAAUUUAUGAUUAGGUGUCAAUGUGCUCUCCGAAGAAUUAGUGCACAACAAAAGAAAUACCAGACCCACUCUAAAACCUUUAAAAAACAAAUAAUAGAAUUACUCCAAAACAAUGAACGAGAUAAAGCCUUUGAUAAGUGUACAUUAUUAGUUCAAGAAGACUACAAAAAUGAAGCACUAACGGAGUUAAUUGAUACCAUUGAUGAAUUAAUGAAAAACUCAGAAAUUAUUGGUACACAAAGGAUAUGUCCUUUAGAAUUAAAAUCAGCGUGUGGUGCUAUUUUAUAUGCUUCUCCAUAUUUUCCAGAUCAUACUGAAAUGAUGGAAAUGAGAAAUAUGUUAAUUGAUAAGUUUGGUAAGACAUUCCCAGAAGAAUGUGUUAACAGUAAAGUGAUUAGUCCAAAAUUACUAUCAAGACUUUCUUCUAAACCCGUUGAUUCUGAUGUUGUUAAUUAUUAUCUUGAUAAUAUUGCUAAAGAAAAUAAUCUCGCAACAGAAGAAAGUAAACUUCCAGAAGAAAAUCCUAAUGAAAUGUUACCUGCUGAUGCAAGUAAAUGUGAGUUAUCAAGGCUACUAGAUGGAAAACAAAAUAAUAAAUAUACUUUUGGUGUAUUAACUAAGAAUAUUAUUGGUAAAAUAAAAAAAGGUGGUGAUAAAGUUGAAGCAUAUAUUUCUGGUCCAAAUAAUACUAAAAUUAUUGGAGAAGUAACUGACCUUCAUGAUGGUACUUAUGAUAUUGUAUUUACACCACCAUAUGCUGGUAAUUAUCUUAUUGCUGUUUAUGUAAAUGAUAAACAAGUUGAACAAAUAGGGAAAUUACAUAUCUUAGAAGCUAGUUCAUUAGACUUAAACAAAUGCAUAAUUGAAGGUAAUGGAAUUAAAGGAGGUUAUGUAAAUGAGAAACAAAGUUUCACAAUUUUUGCUAAGGAUUCAUAUGGUCAAACAAUUAAUCAUGGAGGAGAACCUUUUGCAGCUUACAUUGCUGGUCCAAAUGAUGUUAAAAUCAUUGGGGACAUUACUGAUCUAGGAAAUGGACAGUAUGAUGUAAGUUAUGUUCCUCCUAUUAAAGGUAAUUAUGCUAUUGCAGUUUAUCAUAAUACCACUUUAGUUCAAUCUGUAUUUAAUUUUAGUAUUCAAGAAAGAAACGUUCAACAACAAUUUCCAACAGUUCAACAAUAUAUUCAACCACAAAUAAAAAAUUCAUUUAUUCCAGUUCAAGGAAAACCAGGGGAACAUUUUAUUAUAGAUAUUGGAAGUUGUUCCAUUAAAUCUGGAUUUGAAAGUGUUGGAAAUCCAUCAAUAUUAACACCAACUGUUGUUGGAAAAAAUUUACAUCAAACAAGUGGAUUUGUUGAACAAGAUUUAUAUGUUGGAGAUGAAGCCAUUGACAAAAGAGGUAUAUUAUCAUUAGAAUAUCCAAUGCAAAAAGAACCUAUUGAUUAUAAUAGUUUACGAUCAAUUAUGAAACACUCAGUGGAAGUUGCACAAGGGCAUCCUACUGUUGUUGUAACAAAUGGGUUAACUCCAUUACAAAUGAAGAUAAAUAUCUCUGAAAUGUUAUUUAAUGAAGGAAUUCAAUCAAUAAGAUUUGUUGAUGAAGCACAGGCCAUUUCUAGAUUAUAUAAUAAACAAAGUUGUAUUAUUGUAAAUAUUGGAGGAAUGAUGUCAUGGGUAAUUCCAGUAAUUAAUGGAAUUGUUUAUAAGGACAUUUCACAAAAAUUACCAAUUGCAGGAGUUAAAUGUACUGAAACAUUAAUGACUUUACUUUCUAAAGAAGGCAUUAUUCUUGGAAGUACUUCUAGUGAAAAAGAAAUAGCAAGACAAAUUAAAGAAGCUAUUGGAUAUAUUCAAGUUGAUCCUAAUUCUUCAAUACCAUCUGUCAAUUAUUCUCUUCCAGAUGGAACUUCAUUAACAAUUGGAAACUCAAGAGUUCAAUGCUUUGAACCAAUGUUUAAUCCACAACUAUGUGCUAUGAAUUGUAAUGGAAUAAGUCAGAUGAUCGCAACUGUGUUAAGAAGUAUAAACGGAUGUACUAAUGAAAUUAUAUUCGUUGGAGGAGGAAGUUUAAUAAAAGGAUUAAAAGAACGUAUUGAAACUGAUAUCCAACAACUCUUAAAUUUCAAAAUAAAUGUAAUUGCUGAAGAUAAUAGAAAAUUUGCUUCUUGGCUUGGGGCAAAUCUUCUUGACAAAGAAAAUAUUGGAAAAGUAAUAACUCUAGAUACAUGGAAACAAGAAGGAGCCUUAUGUCUAGAUGACUAA